AUGUCGACACCAGUCCAACCCGCAACACUCAACCCCGGGGUGCCCAAUCUGUCAUGGUUCACUCCGGCCCAUGCGGCGAGCCCAGGCACGCCGCUCAAAGCGACAGCCGACACACCCACGCUGUUCACCCCACUGAAGAUCCGAUCCAAGACACUGAGAAACCGCAUCAUCGUCGCUCCCAUGUGUCAAUACUCGGCCGCCGCCAGUGGGCCGGACACGGGGAAGCUGACCGACUACCAUAUCUCGACACUGGGCCACUAUGCGCUCAAGGGGGCGGCGCUGGUGAUCAUCGAGGCCACGGGCGUCCAGGCCAACGGCCGAAUCACACCCAACUGCCCCGGACUCUGGAGCGACGAGCAGACGGCCAGUUUCAAGCGAAUCUCAGACUGCAUCAAAGCGCAAGGCGCGCUGUCCGGGGUGCAACUCGCCCACGCCGGCCGCAAAGCCAGCACCGUCGCCCCGUGGAUCGCGGCUCGUCUGGGCCGACCGUCUGUCCGCGCCGACCGCGACGUCGGCGGCUGGCCCGACGACGUGGUCGGGCCCAUGGGAGGUCCCGCCGAGACGUGGGACGGCAAAGGACUGUCCGAAGACGGAGGGUUCUGGCCGCCGCGACAGCUGACGGUGGCGGACAUCCACGAACUAGUCGAGGCCUUUGGCGCGAGCGCGCGGCGAGCCGUCGAGGCCGGCAUCGACGUGAUCGAGAUCCACGCCGCGCACGGCUACCUGCUGCACCAGUUCCUCAGUCCCAUCAGCAACCGCCGCACCGACGAGUACGGGGGCAGCUUUGAGAACCGGAUCCGGCUGCUCGUCGAGGUCGUCCAGUCCGUCCGCGCCAACAUCCCGGACGACAUGCCGCUGUUCCUGCGAGUCAGCUCGACCGAGUGGAUGGAGGGCACCGCGCCCGACGCUGAUCUGGGCAGCUGGACCGUCGAGAGCACGAUCAAGCUCGCCCGCCUGCUGCCGGCGCUGGGCGUCGAUUUCCUCGACGUCAGCAGCGGCGGGAACCAUCCGUUGCAGCGCGUCAACAUGUUCGCCUCUAAGGACUAUCAGACCAAGAUUGCGAGUCAGAUUCGACACGACCUCAAGUCUGCCGGCCUCAACUUGCUGAUCGGUGCCGUCGGACUCAUCACCCAGGCCGAACAGGCUAGAGAUAUUGUUGACGACAGCAAAGCCAAUGGAUUGGAUCUCAGUAUUGGCCAGGAAGCAACUGCCGCAAAGGACUUGACGGAUGCUAAGGGUGGCAAGGAACCCAUGGCCGACGCUAUCCUGGUGGCCAGGCAGUUCAUGAGAGAGCCCGAGUGGGUGUUGAGGGUGGCGUGGAAAUUGGGGGUCGAGGUGGCCUGGCCCAGUCAGUUCUUGAGAGUGAAAUUCCCCUGA